GAAAAAUCAUUUCGAAAACGAGAGAUUUUUUUUUAUAAAACUCCUCCUCCCCGUCAUGGCGAUGCAGCUGAGAGAAUCCAGGCGGCGAUCGAAUGAUUCACCUGCCGGAACCUCGAAAUCCCGCGCGCACCUCUGAAUCCUCCUCCCUCUCCUCCGACCUCCGCCUCCCGAUCUCCGAUCGUGAACCCUAAACCCCCCCGGCCGCCGGAUGCAGCGCAAAGCGAUGUGCGCUCCGAUCGGCGGCGGCGACGGCGGGGGGGAGUGCGGCUCGACGUCGAUCAGCCGGACGGUGAACGGGUCGCACACGUUCACGAUCAGCGGCUACUCGCUGGCCAAGGGGAUGGGGGCCGGGAAGUUCAUCGCCAGCGACGUGUUCACCGUCGGGGGCUACGACUGGGCCAUCUACUUCUACCCCGACGGGAAGAACCCCGAGGACAGCACGACGUACGUGUCCGUGUUCAUAGCCCUGGCCAGCGACGGCUCCGACGUCAGGGCGCUGUUCGAGCUGACCCUGGUCGACCAGAGCGGGAAGGGGAAGCACAAGGUCCACAGCCACUUCGACCGCGCGCUCCAGAGCGGGCCUUACACGCUCAAGUACCGCGGCAGCAUGUGGGGUUACAAGCGUUUCUUGAAAAGAGUUGCUUUAGAGACUUCUGAUUACAUCAAGGACGAUUGCCUUGUGAUGCACUGUACUGUCGGGGUUGUGAGAACCCAUACCGAGGGCCCCAAACAGUACCGAAUUCCUAUUCCGCCGUCCGACAUGGGCCAGUGUCUGAAGGCCCUGUUAGAUUCUGAAGUUGGCUGCGACAUAGCAUUUGUUGUUGGUGACGAAACCUUUAGAGCUCAUAAACUGAUCCUCGCUGCUCGUUCUCCGGUCUUUCGAGCCCAAUUUUUUGGUCUUGUUGGUGAUUGCAAUAUAGAGAAAGUUGUCGUGGAGGAUGUGGAUCCCUCAAUUUUUAAGGCAAUGCUCCUGUUCAUUUACAUGGACGAAAUGCCUGAUCUACGUGAAAUCACGGGCUCAUCCUCUUCUGGUACAUUGACUAACGUAGUGCAGCAUCUGUUAGCUGCUGCCGACCGCUACAAUCUAGAACGAUUGAAAUUAUUAUGUGAGUCGAAAUUAUGUGAGGAGAUUACUGCUGAUACAGUGGCUACAACACUUGCCCUAGCAGAGCAGCACCAGUUUGGACAGCUGAAGGCAAUGUGUCUAAAAUUUGCUGCGCAUCCAACAAACUUGGCGGUGGUAAUGCAGUCAGAAGGCUUCAGGCACUUGGAGGAGAGCUGCCCUUCCUUGUUGUCUGAACUGCUCAAGGCUUUUGUAACGGUGGAUGAUUCUUCUGACCGAUUUUCAAAUAAGAAGAGAGGCACCAGCAGCAUUUACGGACUAGAUACGGUGCCAGUUGUGACUGGAGCUGAACAUGGGGAUAUAGAUGGAAGGCGUGUGAAGAGGCGGAAUUUAGAAUGAAUUAGUUGCCUGAACAUAUGGCGGUUCUCUUCGGUGCACUCCUUUUAAUGCUUGACAUCGUUGAGCCUGUAGACCAGCUCAGAGAAUCAUACAGAUUUCAGAGAGGGAAAUAUGGAUGAGGGUUAGUUAAUGGCACCCUUGUACUGAGUGUGAAUUCUGAAUCUUGGAUGUGCUUGUAUCGUUGCCUUAACAGCUUGAGUUCUAUAAAAAAGAGAGCUUUGAAGACUCUGCUCGAGGACAAGAUUUAUUGGUUCCUGCCAUUGGAGUUGAUUGCUUUGAUCAUUGAUUUUAAGCUGGACAUUAUGUAUGGUUCAUUGUGAAAAACACAUGUAUGUUCAACAUACCUUUUAUUGAAUUUAAUGGCUCUAUUCUGCUUUC